GUCUUCGGAUGGGUGGGACGCAAAACCGCCUUAAACACACUCCACGAUCACUUCAAUAGUGAGUGCGUGUCUGCAGGAUAUCAAAUCUGAAGAUGCUUCUCCUAACCCUCUUUUUGUAUUUUUGUCCGAUUUAUCAAUGUCAGUCUGAGGAUACGGAGUUUUUAGAGGAUGGAGACUUUGAGGAUUAUAUGAUUUCUGACAUGGAUUCAAACGCAGCUCCUGUCAGGAUUCCGCGGCAGGUGAAAAUGAUGCUAACCAAGGAAACGAAACCUCACAUUCAGGAGUUGUCAGUCCAGACCACUAUCAUUUCCAGCUAUGCUUUCACCGCGGUGUCCUGCAGCAUGUUGAACAGACACUCGGCAGCCGCUCAGGGGGUCUUUCAGUUUCACAUCCCCACUGCAGCAUACAUCUCCAACUUCACCAUGAUUGUGGGAGGACGAGUCUUUCCAAGCCAGGUGAAGGCGAAAGAGAAGAAGGUAAAAAAGGAAGGUGGAGAAAACAAUGGAAAGAAAAAGGACACACCAGAACAGAGUGAGGGUGAGAUGGAAGUGUUUCGAAUGGAGGUCACUAUUCCUGGACGCAACCGUGCUGUUUUCCUCCUGACCUACGAAGAGCUGCUGCAGAGGCGAUUGGGUCGUUAUGAGCAUGUGACCAGCAUUCGGCCAAUGCAACUGGUCAGCAGACUCAGCGUGGGUGUGACUAUUGUGGAGCAUUCCCGUAUCACUUACCUUGAUGUCUUACCCCUACAAAAUGGCAAAAAAACAUCUUCCAAUGGCAAUGGGAAAGCAGAUGCAGGUCCACCAGUUUCUACAGUAGUCAAACAAAACCAAACCUUCUGCAAGAUCAGCUUCACUCCCAACAUCGCUCAACAAGCCAAGAUCGCCACAAAUGGCAUGCUGGGAGAAUUUGUGGUGCACUAUGAUGUAGAAAGAGAAACUGGCAUUGGUGAUAUACAGGUGCAAGAUGGACAUUUCGUACAUUAUUUCGCCCCCAGAGACCUCCCAGUUGUACCUAAGAAUGUAGUAUUUGUGAUUGAUACCAGCGCCUCCAUGCUUGGAACCAAAAUGAAACAGACCAAACAAGCUCUCUUCACCAUCAUAAAUGAGCUGCGGCCCAACGAUAACUUCAACUUCGUCACUUUUUCCAAUCGCCUCCGCGUGUGGCAGCCGGGCAAACUGGUGCCCGUCACACCCUUCAGUAUACGAGACGCCAAGAAGUUCAUCUACAUGAUCUCAGUGACUGGAGGCACUGACAUCAAUGGUGGCAUACAGACAGGCUCUGCUCUGCUCAGUGAUUACCUGUCCAGCAAAGAGGAAUCUCAUCAUCACAGCGUGUCGCUCAUCAUCUUCCUGACCGACGGCAGGCCCACAGUCGGUGUGCUUCAGAGUCCUACCAUCAUCAGCAACACCAAAGCUGCGGUGCAGGAGAAGUUUUGCCUCUUCACCAUCGGGAUGGGUGAUGAUGUGGACUACAGGCUGCUAGAGAGGAUGUCCCUGGACAACUGCGGGACCAUGAGGAGAAUCCCGGAGGAUGCAGAUGCCACCCUCAUGCUCAAAGGCUUCUACGAUGAAAUUGGCACUCCGCUGUUAUCUGACAUCCGUGUGGAGUACUCUGAGGAUGCUGUUGAAUACAUCACCCAAAACCUCUUCACAAACUACUUCAACGGUUCUGAGCUCAUCGUGGCUGGAAAACUGACCAAUCGCAGCUCAGAUUCGCUACAUGUUCAGGUCACGGCUAGCAACAGUGAUCGAAGCAUCGUAAUGGAGAAAGACGUGUCGAUACAAGAGUGUGAACAAGAAACUGAACGGCGGCUAGCAGAAGCUGAAGCGGGUUCGAAAUCGGAUGGUUAUGUGGAGCGACUGUGGGGAUUUCUGAGCGUUAAAGACGGGCUAAAAGGACGAAUGCGAAGCCAGACAAGCGGAGAGCGGGAAAAUUACACACAGCAUGCUACAAAUUUGUCGUUAACAUAUAAUUUUCUUACGCCGCUUACACAGAUGAUAGUGGAGAAGCCACAAGUUCUGGCUGAUGGGAAUUUAGCAGAAGCUCCACCUAAAAGCACUGAGGCUCCACCCUCUACUGAGUCACCCAAUCAGCUUUCAGAAGAUGACAACAGUCUACCGCCUCAGAGCCUGCAUAGAAACGAGCCACCAAAGCCGAUCUCUGCACCCGCCAAAGCAACAAGUGGCGAAAGCAAACUGGCCCAAAAGUCUGUUACCUUAUCCAAAACAUCCGCUGAUGGAGACCCUCAUUUUGUGGUGGAGAUUCCUCAGAGUAAACUGACUGUGUGCUUCAACAUUAAUGGAGAACCAGGACAAAUCCUGCGACUGGUGACGGACCACAAACACUCAGGUGUGACUGUGAACGGUGCUCUGAUUGGUGCUCCAGCUCCAGCUGGCAGUCAUAAACAACAGAGGACAUAUUUCAGCAUCAUCACUAUUGUAGCCGAUAAACCAAAACGUUCAUACAUUGAGGUGACACCACAAAAAGUGAUCCUGGAUGGCCGAGACCGGAUGAUUCUCCCCACCAGCUCCAGCAUUUCAGUUGAAACCGCAAACCUGGCUGUGGUUCUUAUUGCUAACACAAACCUAACAGUAACCAUCCAAGGGAACAUCCAGUUUGUCGUCUUAUUCCACCAUUACAAAAAUCCAGCAGCCUUUCAGCGAGAUCAUCUGGGUUUUUACAUUGCUAAGAGCAAAGGACUGAGCAAGGAUACACACGGUUUGCUUGGCCAGUUCCUGUAUGAAGACAUCGGUUUAACGCAGUUUCCUGGAAACAGCACACAGGAAACACUUGGUAAAAACAUCACACUACCCAGUUUCCACUUCCUGAAGGUGAAAGAUCGAAGCGUCGCCGUCAUGAAGAAGAGCAGGAGAAUCUACUCUGGAAAGCAGACGGUGGAUUGUUGGUUCGCCAAAAACAAUGCAGCUAAACUGAUCGAUGGACAACAUGAUGAUUACAUUGUUUCACAUCUGUUUGACACAGGAGCUUGGGCUAAUGAAACAAACACACACACAUACACAAACUGAUACUGGACUGAUGGGUUUUGACCCUAAUGUAUUCACACAAACACUUUAAAAUCAUCACAAAGACCCAUAAAUCAUAUUUUAAGAAGGUGAUUUUAUUUAGCAAUAUGUUUUUGUAGUCAUCUACAGAUAUACUGCAUAUUUUUGUUAAUAUAAUAAGACUGUUUUUCUACUAAUAAAUUAAAUGUUAACAAUA